AUGUUGCAGACCACAGGGGAAGUAGGCAACCAUUUCAGCUUCGCACAUGUGGAUACAUGGUUACCCACGCUGCUGAUGCUGGGCGGCAGCCGCACCAAGGAGGAGAUACUACAAAACAGGCUUACCGUGAAAUGCACCUUUAUCGGUCCGAUUCCUCUCACACAGUCCCCCGUCAUUCGUGUAGUGACGGAGAAAGGGGUGGCUGAGUUGUGCCCUGAACAUGAAGAAAAACUGAAAUUGUUCUGCGUCACAGAUCAGCAGAUAGCUUGCAUCAUAUGCCGAGAUGGAGAGAAGCACGAAGGACACAAGUUUAAACCAAUCAAAGCAGCCGCUGCAUCUGUGAAGAAGGAGUUGGAAAUGGGUAUGGAGAACCUUUCUGAUGAUAUCUGUGCUACAGAGAGCCUAGCCAAUACACAGAGGGAAGAAAUCAGUGAAAGCAAUUCUUUAUCUGGAAGGAGAUGCUUCAGCCCACAGUAUAGACAGCAUUCAAUCUAUAGCCAGCAUAGCAUGGGGUCCAUGCCGCAAUACUAUGAAACAACUUACUCUGAGGUGACCUCAGAACGGUAUGCUUCUGCAUGCAGCACCAAUGAGUUCACCUCAGGGCAACAUUACUGGGAAAUAGAGGUUGGAAAAAGGGAAUAUUGGAAAGUAGGGGUAAAAAAUAAUUACCUGAGCUAUAAUAAACAAAAAUAUGUCACAUCUAGUCAAGACACAGAGUUAACAUUUACAGGCAGACCUCAAAAGAUUGGGAUUUACCUUGACUGCCUAUCCGAGGAGCUGUCCUUCUAUGAUGCAGAAAACAUGUCACACAUUCACACUAUGGGAAAAUGUCUUGUGUCAGAGCCAGUGGCAGCAUAUUUUGAGUACAAAUUUAGUAAGGCGGCAGAUCAUAACCCCCUAAGAGUGUGCUGGUUCUGAAGUCUGAGAUAAUGGGGCAACAGGAAAUCCUUGGGCUGUGGCAACAUUUUCAAGAUGGUGCCAUGGACGGCUGACUCAGUUCUUAGCUGUCUUGAAGCUUCCACUGUUUUUGUUCAUUUGUUCCACAAACAUCCUGGUUCCCAAGAAACCCUCCAUCACAGGACUCAAUGACUACAGGCCUGUCGCUCUGAAAUCUGUUGUCAUGAAGUCCUUUGAGAGACUGGUGCUGACCCACCUGAAGGACACCACAGGCCUCUUGCUGGACCCCCUGCAGUUUGUCUUCCAAGCAAACAGGUCAGUGGAUGAUGCAGUCAAUAUGCGCUACAUCCUGCAACACCUCGACUCCCCUGGAACAUAUGCAAGGACACCAUCAUGUCAGAAGUCCUCUGGUUAAAACUCACCCAGCUCACUUUACCCUCCUCCACCUGUCAUUGGAUCACAAACUUCCUGUCAGACAGGAAGCAUCAGGUGAGGCUGAGCACCCGGACAGUCAGCACUGGCGCCCCCCCAGGGAUGUGUACUCUCCCCACUGCUCUUCUCACUCUUCACCAACGACUGCACCUCAGGAGACCCGUCUGUUAAGUUCCUGAAAUUUACAGACGACACAACAGUCAUGGGCCUCAUCCGAGAUGGUGACGAGAUGGCUGUUCCACCUCCCAUCUGCAUACAGAUGGGAGGUGGAACAGCUGGCCCUCUGGUGCAGUCACAACAACCUGGAGCUAAACACACUCAAAACUUUGGAGAUGACAGUGGACUUCAGGAGGAACCCCCGAACACUGUCCCCCCUCACCAUACUCGAGAGUACUGUGUCGGCUGUGGAAUCCUUCAGGUUUCUGGGAUCCACGGUCUUCCAGGACCUGACUGUUGAUACCCUUUAUCCACUGUCAACUCAAUCACAUUUACAUUAGUUUUAAACUUAUUAUGUGGAAUAACAUGUACAUAUCAUCCAUCAGAUGAAAUAAUAACAAACAAAAGUAAAGUGAGAGCAAAAACAGUAAUGGAAGUGUAGUUUGUAACCUACACUGUAUAAUCUAUAUAGGAUUUGUGAAAAAAAUCACA